CAUUACCUCUUCGAUAUGGCAUCAUACAUGAAGAAGGUUGCUGAAGGACCACUGGGAACCGGCAAGGCUUUCAUAUGCCUGGCGAUGUUGAUGCUGCUCGUGCUGUCAUCUGGAAAAAUGGGGGCGCAUGGCUGCGAAAAGCGGAAGAGCGGGAGGUGGACCAACGACACUUGCAUCAUAGCAGGCACCUGCAACGGGCCCUGCCGGGACGAGGGCUUCGACAACGGCCAUUGCCAUAACACCUGGGAAUGCAUCUGCUACAAGAACUGCGGCUUAUCCCUCCAGCCACCGCAUGCAUGAACGAUCGGCAUGUACUCCGACUAAAAUAAAUUAAUAAGUUCUAUUCGUGGCAUAA